CUUGGACACUAACCGCCAUCAUGACGGCUAGAUCACCUCCUGCUCGCCCCCAUAUUGGUAUCCAUCCCACCAGCCAUUUUUCAUCUCUUGACUGGGGCGAGGAUGAUGCUUGGGACAGCGCUUCCGACUCGGAAUCACCCAAACAAUCUACCCUGUCCCUCACAGGUAAGCGCACGAGUGCGCCAAGAGCUGUCCCGAUGCCUGCAUACAACAAAUCAGACUCGUCCUCGUCAGCACUGGCUUUUUCGUAUACCCAUGUCAAUGCCCCAAACUCCAGCUCAUAUCCUCCUCGUACGGAGGAGUUUGUUGCGCCCAAAACUGGUUGGACAAUCGUCAGGAAAUCCCAAAGUGACAAGCCUGCCGAAAAAUACGUUUCAUCAAGUCAGGACGACAGCUACGACAAUAUCACGUCACCCGAAGGCUUAGGGGAUACAGAUGGAGAGAGUGAUAUGAUAUUGGGCGAACUUGAGUACGAUGCACCAGGGCCCGAAAUUCCAAACCCACCCCUGGGAAAAGCCCAAACAGAUAAAGGUUCAAUACGAGAAGACACUGAUGCAAUUUUGAACGAUCCUCUUCACGGCAUACGCCAUCGUUCACGAAAGAACCUAUCUCCGUCAUCCUCCAGAAUACCCAAGGAAGGUCCUAUAGAAGCUCCGGAAAAAUCAGAGAAGUUGAUGCGGGAAAAGUCGAUACGAAGCAAUCGUCGUCACAAGUUCGUUGAGUGUUUAUCGAAUCAGGAUGUCAACAUUGCGGAAUUGCGGAAACUUGCAUGGGCAGGCAUUCCAGAUGAUUUGCGUCCCAUGUCGUGGCAGCUCCUCCUUGGCUAUCUUCCCUUGCCAACCCCACUACGCACGACCACUCUUACCCGGAAGCGCGGGGAAUAUCUUUCUCUUGUCGAGGUGGCAUUUGCCCGCGACCGAGAAGGUCUGGAUCAGCAGAUAUGGCACCAGAUUGAGAUCGAUGUACCCAGAACCCGACCAGGUGUAAGGCUUUGGAUGCACGCUGCUACUCAACGAAGUCUGGAGCGAAUAUUAUACGUUUGGGCCAUUCGACACCCGGCAAGCGGCUAUGUGCAGGGAAUAAAUGACCUCGUGACUCCCUUUUUUCAGGUUUUCCUUUCUGCAUAUAUCGAUUCUAAUCCUGAGGAUUUCGAUCCCUCUUUACUCCCUUCUCCAGUUCUCGAUGCAAUAGAAGCGGACUCUUUUUGGUGUCUCUCUCGUUUACUUGAUGGCAUCCAGGAUAAUUACAUAUUUGCGCAACCUGGAAUACAAAGGAGUGUUCGACGAAUGGCCGAACUUGUAGCCAGAAUUGAUGCGCCAUUGUUCGCUCACCUAGAAGCUCAAAAUGUCGAAUUCAUGCAAUUCGCGUUUCGAUGGAUGAACUGUCUCCUUAUGCGAGAAAUAAGCGUGCAAAAUACAAUCCGGAUGUGGGACACAUAUCUGGCUGAAGGACCAGAUGCAUUUUCUCAAUUCCAUUUGUAUGUUUGCUCAGCGUUCCUGGUGAAGUGGAGCGAUAAAUUGCGGCAGAUGGAUUUCCAGGGUAUCAUAAUGUUUCUGCAGUCACUUCCGACGCAGGACUGGGCCGACCACGAAAUUGAAAUGCUCCUUAGUGAAGCCUUCGUUCUCAAUUCUAUCUGGCAUAAUGCCCAGAGCCACUUCAACGGGAAAUGAGCCGCGUAGUAUCUGAACCUGAGAACCUGAUUGGGAAGAGCUAGGACGCGGCGGGUGUCAGUGAAGAUGGUG